AUGCAGCUCAAGAACUUGGCGCUCGCCAUGGCCGCGGUUUUCUCUGUGGCUCAUGCCUACCCCAUCACUGGAGAUCAAGUCAAUUGUCGCACCGGUCCCUCAACCAGCGAUGAGGUUGUCACGUCAUACCCAAAGGGUGAAGAUGUCGAUAUCUCCUGCCAGACCUUUGGCGACGACGUCAACGGGAACAAUAUCUGGGACAAGACACAGGACGGCUGCUAUGUUGCCGACUACUACGUGAAGACCGGUUCCGACAGCAUGGUCGGUGAGGAGUGUGGUGGCGGCUCUGGUGAUGGCGGCUCAGCUUACAAGGGCAAGAUCAGCCGCAAGGAAAUCCUCUCCCGCGGUCAGUACUGGGUCUCACGCCACGUCCCGUACUCCAUGAACGACGUGUACCCAGACCCUCAAGGCCGCAAGUACCGCACAGACUGCUCCGGUUUCGUUAGCAUGGCUCUCCAUGCGUCUGCUCCAGGCUUCAACACUGUCAGUCUCCCUGAAAUUGCCAAGGCUAUCUCUUGGGAUGAUCUCCAGCCCGGUGACUUUGUUGGUACCCUAGGAGAGGGUACUGGCGGUGCUGCUGGCCACGUCACUCUGUUCAACUCGUGGGCCGACGAUGGAAAGAAGAUGUACAACACUCUUGAGUGCCGCGGUACCUACGGCUGUGUCGCACAUAAGCGCGAGGUUGGCUGGAAGGUUGGCAGCUACACCUCCAAGCCCUACAGAUACAUCAACGUUGUGGACUAA